AUGCUAAAUAUAUCACGGAGAUGUAACUCUAAACUCAAUAAAACAAUAGUUUACAUCUUACAAAAAUGGAUAGAGUUACCCAAGAUAUAUGACGUUUAUCGUGCAACGACACUCCAGAGACAGAGUCUACACAUGAGCACAAAUACCUUCACAUUUCCAAUGACCAGUGAUCUAAAUGAUUUAUCAUUGAUAUUAGGAGGUUCAUGUAUUACUGGCCCACUAAACUUCAUCCAAGUUGGAAUUCGACAAGACUUUUGUCACAAUCGUCAUGCCAGCCACGUUCAUCAAAUAAUUGUGAUUAAUUCGCAGCUCGUUAUUCGGUUUCUCAAUGUCAUUCUACGCACAAGGUUGUCUCCCGAUAAUGAUGAUCUACCUUCAAGAGCCCGCUUGCUAAUGCAAAAGCACCGCGAUAAUCCAAAAUCCAGUAGCAGACAUAAAAGUGUCUGCCGUCAAGCGGUGAGUUGA